AAGACACAUUGGACUACUUAUUCACAGAAUUUUUAAUGAGUGCGCAUGCUAUAAACACCAUGAAUAUCAAUAUCACACAUUUCAGUUCACUCAACUAUCGAAUAUGAACGUACCGGUGAAAAUUGUGACAAACGGGUUGAAAAUACCUACCAUCGGAUUGGGAACUUGGCAGGCUACAAGCGAAACUGAGUUAGAGUCCGCAUUGAAUACUGCCUUAGAAUGUGGUUACCGCCACAUUGACACUGCAUAUGCAUAUCAAAAUGAAGAAAUUAUUGGGCGGGUCUUAAAAAAAUGGUUUACUUCCGGUAAACUCAAACGGGAAGAAGUAUUCAUCACCACAAAGCUGCCGAUAUUUGGUGUUCACGAAGAUAGAGUGGAAAUGUUUAUGGAUCGCUCAUUGAAAAAUUUGGGAUUAAAAUAUGUCGACUUAUAUCUCAUUCAUUUUCCUAUAGGGUCAAAUUUUGUGGAAAAUGGAGAGGUUCCACUUAACCAACUUAUUCCAGAGAGGACAGACCACAUCGAAAUUUGGAAGAAAAUGGAAGAACAGGUCGAUGCUGGCAAAGCCAAAUUCAUCGGAGUAUCCAAUUUCAAUGAGAGGCAGAUUGAGAAGAUUUGGAAUAACUGUAGAAUAAAACCAGCAUGCCAACAAAUAGAACUCCAAGUUUUCCUACAACAGCCUAAACUGGUGAACUAUUGCCAUGAGAAAAAUAUUGCAGUGGUAGCAUAUUCACCGUUGGCUUCACCAAAGUACAACAAUUUUAUGGCUGACCUCGGUGUAGAGAUAAAGGAUCUCCCAAACGUCUUCACCAACCCAAUAAUCAGAGAAGUUGCUGAAAAGCAUAAGAAGACCAAUGCUCAAAUAGCAUUGAGGUACUUGAUAGAUAUGGGUACUAUACCUAUACCGAAGAGUGUAUCUCCGUUACGAAUUAGGGAGAACUUUGAAGUUUUUGACUUUAGUCUCGAUGCUGAUGACAUGAAGAAACUGAAAAACCUUGAUCAUGGGGAACCAGGUCGCAUUUGCGAUUGUAAAUUUUUGAAAAGAUUCGAAGAUCAUCCAGAAUGGCCUUUUCCAAAAUCAAAUCAGUGACCUUAGAAUAUUUUUAAACCUUUUUCAGUAAAUUCGUCCAUAAAAGUGAUUUUAAGCAGUGAAAAGUUUGAGAAUAAAUUGUGGAAGUUCAACUCACUCAGGAAUUUCAAUUUUUUCGUCAUUUGUGUUAAUUUCUUUGAUUACUUCGUUCACCAACUUGCUCUGCCGUGUGCCUGAGUCAGACACAUCGAGGAUCAUUCACUUUGAUAGAUAACGUCAUAGUUUCUGUUUUUCACAUGUUCAAGACUAUAUACUCAUGUCACAGAAAUAAAAUUAUAUCC